AUGACCGAAGCAGCUGCUAACAGAAGAACCCGGUACAGCACCUAUUACCCGCCGUAUACCGGCCAGACAACCACAUCGUCAACGUUUUAUCCUGAGUUGACCACAUUCUCUGUACCUCGAACAGGUGAUUUCGCAACGAAUUCCGAUCAGAAGGACCCAUCAACUGGGAUAAAAAUAGAGAAAGAUGGCAAUGUACCAAUCGCUGAUACGUUACUCCAUGCUUCGUCGACAUUAUCUGGGGAUGACGUAGCAAUGGAGACAACCGACCCGAAUAAUCCUCCAAGACGAAGUAAAUUGGAUCGUCGAAAGGCUGCCACAAUGAGGGAGCGACGAAGAUUGCGUAAGGUGAACGAAGCCUUUGAGAUUGUUAAACAAAGGACGUGUCCAAAUCCGAAU